CACAGAUCUUAGAGAAGCAGGCGACACCAGUCUUUGACUGCAACGACGCUGUUCUGUGCACAUGCGUUUUCAAAACGAAGCUGAGAUAGAGGCUCUGUGAGUCUUGUGGAAGAUAAAUCGAACCGCUUUUUUUCUCUGAAAAACUGCACAGGACCAGCAUGUGUCGUUUCGCUAAAAACGUUUUUUUUGUGUGUUAGACCUUCCAGUGUUUCUCCAUUCGCGGUUUGUGUACAUGCCAGUUGGAGUUCAGUGGGGCAGUCUGUAAGCUUUUCUCACUGCGUUCUUCUCUUCUGACGGGUGAACAUCGUCUCUAAUCUUUCUACAAACUCUGCCUUUCUUCCUUUUCGUCUGUUUACGGUUUUUGCGUACGUGAACCCUCAGUCGAAGUGAAGGAGUUCUUUGUGGACAGCGCAUACCGGUUCAUUCAGGAGCUGGGGUUUCGCUGUGUCUUGGCGGCUUACCAGCCUCACUUGCCCGGUUUCCAUGCUCCCUCUCUGACCCCAAAGGACAAAGGCCGCCGGUCUCUGUUUCUUUUCGUGGCGCAACCUGUCACCUGCCGUUAUUUUCGAGUUUUCUCGGCUCAGAACGUUUCACUGCCACCCGUUUCUCUGUCGCGACUUCUACGCAGCGGUCACGAGUCGGCACACCUGGCAAAAGCUCUCGAAAAACAGACACGACUUCCAAGACAAGGGCCGCACACAAGUUCACCCUUGCUUUACUCAACUCAGUUAAGUAGCAGGACUGGGUUUGAUGUUCUGUGCCAGCCCCCAUCGCGGUGAUCUGCUCUGUCGAAAAACGCGAAGUCGGAAAGACAGCUUCUUCACGCUUACAGUUCAGCUGGCUUUCGUUCGGCGCGUCUUCGCUUCUGUCGGGAUCUCCACAGAUGACCUCCUGUGUGCGGAGUGCCCUGUCAAGGGGCGCGGCCUCCGCGGGCCGAGGUAGUCUUUCUGUUUUCUCGUUGCGAGUCUCCUCUUCUCAGCAUCUGUGCCAUUUCUCUCCAAGUCUCUGUCCCUCGCGGCCGCGCCCAGCAGAGAAGACGCCUAUGUCUCCUCUGCCUUCUCAAGACCUGCAGGGAGGCGGGGAGCUUCCUGGGUGCGGGAACAAGUAUCUUCCAGUCUCUCGAUUUAGGCCGUCAGUGCAUGCGUCCGAAGCAGAUUGCUCUGCGCCGUCUCUCUCCUCCCAAGAGGGGAGACAGAAGCUGAGAGGACGGAACGCGAGGGCUAGAUCUCAGGGGGCAGAGCAGCAGAGUGUGAAUGGGGAAGCAGCGAGUUUCUCUGCUUCUGUCUUUCUGAGCUCGCAGCGCCUCCUCGCCGAACGCAGUUCAGAGGUCAGCACCAGCGGAACUUGUCGGCGUCUGCCUCCGUCCUCUGGAUCUUCCCUGCUUUCUUCCGUGGCUGUCUCGGCUUCAGGCGUCCGGUGUCUUGCAGGCCAGAGACGCGGCUUUGCUAUCUCUCACCUGAAUCCGUCGAUAAGCAAAGGGAAAGUGCACUACCGCGUACCGAAUCCGUACAUUCCUGUUCUUCUUUUGCAGGCGGUCCCGGGUCUGGGGAAGAGAGGCGAGUUGAAGCAAGUUCGUCGGGGAACGCUGCGUCUGUUCCUGGCGCCAAAGGGCCUCGCCGUAGUUGCUUCUUGGCAAAACAUCGACGCCUUUUACCUUGCAGAGAAGGAGGAAGAAGAGAGGAGGCGGCGGGCACAGGCCGGCAGAGGCGGGAAGCAGCUGCGCGAGCGCGGCGGAGACAGAGGAGACAACCGGUUGCGAGGCGCGCGAGACGAAGAAGGAGACGGGGAGGAAGGAGACAGCCUUCAAACGGACUCCCGACGCGCGAAAGAAGAUGGCGAAGACGAGGAAGAGCUGACAACGGAGGGAGGGACGAGAGGCGAAGACGCAGGACAUGCGCCGGUUGCUUCUUUCCUCAACAAGUACAGAGCCCAGUUCUUGGUGAACACGGAAGACACAGACCCGACGCGGAUACGUGGAAACGGAGUCUCUCUGUUCGACCUCCUCAACAAAGUCAGUGAAGAGACGGAACUCGAUCUCCUGCCCUCGCAGCUGGCGAUCGGGAGACGGCAGAAACAGAGCGAGGAGCAGAUCUGGAGUGGCAGCGGCGGUGGGAGGGAGAGGCGCAGAGCAGACGAGAGGAGAGAAGAAGACGAAGAGGAAAAAAUGCGACAAGACGGGGUGAUCACGCGCUGCGGUGUCUACACGGUCCACGCGACCAUUCCCCUCAAAAACCGGACGGCGAGAAAAAGCUUCCUAGUCGAAAUCCUCAGCAAACAAGAAGCCGAAAGGAUACUGCAGGAAAAACAAAGGCGCGAGGAGGAAGAAGCUCGGCGUUCCGAUUUCGCUUUGGGCGAGGAGUAACAAGUAGAGAAAAGUGACCCCUGGGGUACCAGACGAAAGCUCUCUUUGCAGAGCAGAGACUCGCGGAACUCUUCUAAAGAUUGGUGUCUUUGUUGGAAAAAGGUAGCCAGCAAUAAAAGUCGCCCGCCUCUCUUGUCCUAAAAACCUCUUACCUAUGGUAUUCCGGCAUGCAGACUGGAAAUGCAAGUGUUCUUUUCUGCGUUUGCUGUCCCUCUCAUCGCGAAGCGCAAGAUCUACAAACAUCCUCAAUUUCAACACCGGUCUUUGAUACUGCCAGUGUCGGCAGAUUUCUUCUCGCAGCUCAACUUCUCUAAAAUCUCAC